AUGUCUGUUCGCCGGCGAGGGAUUAUGGGACCAGAGGUCAGAGUCUGCAUCAUGGCUCGCGAUAUCUUGAAAGCCGCCCAGUCGGCAUCCAAUGUUAUCUCGAUCUCUCAGAAAUACUCCGUCCGAUCUACCGGUGUGUGGGAGCGUAUCCGCCGCCUUCUCGCCAUUGACUCCAAUCGCUCGACCGGUAUUCCUCUGAACUCCCAGUAUCGGCUUCCCACUCCUGGAUCUCUGCCUCCCCUGUCUUACGAUGAUCCCGUCACUAUCCCGGCCGGUGACAUCGCCGACAACCCGUACUGGAAGCGCGACGCACGACGAAACUACCCGCAGCUGAGUACCGUGACCCAGGCCGAUGCUGUGGGCCUUCUUACGGUGGGGAGCCAGGCAACUCCCAAGGACGACGUUCUGCGGAUCGGAGAGGCCGGGGAAAAGCAAUUGGUCGCUGUCAAGGAGCAGGGCGAGGAACGAGGCCUCGCUGCCCUCUUUGAGAAGGACAAGAAGAGCAUCCAAGGUGUAUUCGGAGCGAAUGGCCUGCCUCCCACACCCACUAACAUUAACACCUCUUCUCGUUCCUCGUCUCAGUAUGAGAUGGGCCAGGAACAAGCCUACCCUGCAGUGUACCCCUGCCGCAGCUUUGUUUGA